AUGUUCAUUGGAGGCCUCUCACCUGUGACAAAUGAUCGCUUCGGGUUUAUCACCUAUGCUAAUUGUAAUAUUCUUAACAAUGUCCUAAGAUCCUAGCCUCAUAUUAUUGAUGGAAAACAAGUCGACUGUAAGCCGGCAAUACCCAAAGAACAAACUUAAAUGACCUCACAGAAUUUGCAAAAUUCGAAUCACAGCUAGCAUAUAGGGCAAGGGAUCAACAACUAGAGUAAUUAGAACAAGAAAUAGAAAAAUUCAACUAGUCAGGGCAAAAACCAAAAUCAAAAAUUUAAGCAGCAAAUAUAGCAAUAUCAGAAGUAGAUAUAAAAAUAAUAAUAGCUGAUAAAAGAGUAGGAGAUAAAAAUUCAUAAACUUUCUUAUAUUCCUGAUUAAUCUACAGAGAAGAAUAACAACAAUCUUCAAGAAGACAGAAAUGAUAUAAACUUCUCAAGCCAGUAAAAGCUGGAUGAUUAUGAUUCAAGCUACGAAUAAUCUUCUCUUACCCAAAAUUAUCAGAAUUACUCUUAUAAUUAAUAGUAACCUGCGAAAGAUCAAUUAGGAACAAGUGACUUUGUUGAAGUUUAAAAAACCAAUUCAACUUAUUAUGAAUCUGACCAAUAAAGCAAAAUUUAGAGUGAUCCGAGUCCUGCAGUCUCAUAAAAUAUGAGUUCAAAUUCUUCACUGUCCCAGAAUUCUUCUCCUUACAUUUCGUUACAAAAUUCAAUAUUAGAUAUAAGCGAGAUAAAACAAAAGCAAUAAGAGGGCUCAAUACUAGAUGUUGCAUUGCUUGAUGCUUAAUAUCGAAAAAUUUUUGUUGGUGGACUUCCCCACAAUUUAGCCGAUGAGGAUUUCAAGCUAUACUUUUUAUAGUUUGGAGAGAUCGAUGAUUGCGCUAUACUUAAGGACAAAAGAACCGGAAAACCGAGAGGAUUUGGAUUUGUCACCUAUAAAACAAUGGACACAGUUGACGUGGUUAUGAAGGUUCGAGAGCAACAUACGAUACAAGGCAAAUGGGUUGAUUGCAAAAGAGCAGUUCCAGCAAGUGACAUUAAAUCUAUUAAUGUAAAUGAACAGAUAAGAUAGGUAGUAAGUAGCAUACCAGGAAUUGGUUAAUAGACUAAGAGCCAGCAGCCUAAUUAAGAUAACAAUUAGAUUAAUGCAUAGAAUUAAGCAGUAGGCAUAACACAUCAUGAUCAAAAUUAAGGCUACAAAAAUUUGGGCUACAGUCAAAAUUAACAACAAUAGCAAUUGCCACUUUAACAGCAACAGCAAUAACAUCCCUUUUAGUAGCAGCAAUAGUAAUUUUAGCAGUAGUAGUCAUAGCAGCAAUACCAAAACAAUUAUCAGCAAGCCAAUACUUCAACUUAAAUGACUCAAACUUAUGCUACUGGAAUUCCUGCUAAUAAUAACAACAAUAACUAUAAUGGGAACAAUAUGCAAUAGAAUAUGAACUAAAAUAUGCAAUAACAGUAAUAGCAGUAGUAGAAUUAGUAUUCUCAGAUGCAGCAAUAGCAACCACAAUACUAAUAGCAACAGCCAUAGUAUUAGCAGACACAGCAGUAAAAUAUGCAAAACUACUAAAAUAAUAAUAAUAACUAGUACGCACAGCAGAACCAAUAGUAGAUUCAAAACUAACAGAAUAACAUGCAGCAAAACAUGCAAUAAAACAAUUAUUAGUAGAAUAUGUAAAGCAUGCAGGCACCCUAAUAGUAAUAGAACAUGCAUAUGAAUAUGAAUAUGCAACAAUAGAAUAAUAAUUAGUAGAACAACAAUAUGUAGCAGCAGUAAUAAAUGAUGAACCAGAACAAUAAUUAUGUGUCUCAAAAUUAGCAGAAUCAAGAUUUCUAGUAGAACAACACAUACCAGUAACCAAACACACAGCUAAAUUCACAAAGCCAGCCUUUUGUACCUUAAAAUUCAAAGAAUCAAGGAACAUUCUAGACUAACUUUAACAGCAACACAAAUAAUUUUAACAACAACAAUAACAAUGCACCACCAGGAUUUGCCCCUCAUCCCUAGUUCAAAGGAUAAAAUAAUUAGCCCUAGCAGCAGAUAUAGAUGAACUAGCAAUAGCAAAAUUUCCAAAAUCAGACUUAAUAGAUUUCACAACAACAGUAGCAACCGAACCAAUACAACUUCCAAUCCUUCAAUAAUCAGUAAAGCAACAAUCAGUAGCAGCAAAAUUAAUACACCUAGCAAACUAACCAGAACGAUGUAAAUAAUUAUCCAUAGCAAACAUAAUUCAUAGGGGGAUUCCCCUAUUCUUUAACUUUCAAACAGUAAUAACAACAAUUUUAAUUUUAGCAGUAGCAGAUGCAGUAACAACACUAGUAGUAGCAGUAAUAAUAGCAGAUGUAGUAGCACUAAUAACAGCAAUAUUAAUAACACUAAUAGCAAAUUUAACAAUAGUAGCAAUAGCAGUAGCAGUAACAGUAGCAGUUUUAGCAGAAUCAACAGUAAUAGCAUCAACAAUAGCUGCAAUAACAAUAAUAGUUUUAAUAAUAACAUCAGCAGCUUCAGCAUCAGUAGCAUUAACAGCAACAGCUAUAGUAGCAUCAACAGUUGUAACAAUAACAACAUUAGAACCAGUAGCAAUAGCAAUAGAUGUACUAACAGCAAUAGUAGCAAGUAAAUCAAUAGUAGCAAUAGCAACAUUACAAUACUAUGAUGGGUCCUGGAAGCUCAGAGAAUGCACCAGGUACCCGCUUUUAUACUUAUCUUUAUAAUAUAGUUCAGUAGAAUCAAGAGAAAAUGAACUAGAAAUAGUAAGAAUAAAUGGAGUGGCAUAUUUAAAGCAUUAAUAGUCAAUAUGAAGGUUUAAAUGAACCUGGAAGCAGUAACAAAGGUAUCAUCAAUACCUCAGUCAUGAUCAACAACAACAACAACUACAGCAAUAAUGCUAACGAAUCAAUCUAAGGAUAGCAAUAGAUUCAAUAGCAGCAAUUCUAGCAGCAGAAGCAAUAGCAAUAGUAGCAGUAGUAAUAGUAGCAACAAUACCAAGCACAUUCUUAAUAGUAGGCUAGAAUGAUUUAUUAAAGAAAUGCUAGAGAUUAGAUGAAAGACAAGAUUAAAUAGGACACUAUUGAUGACUUGAAUGAAUAGAUUCAAAGAAUAGAAUCAAGAAGAAGUCAAGAAGAAGAGAAGUUCGGAGAGAGCAUGAUUGAUGUCAAUUGGCAACAAACUGAUAACAAAAAUACAAUAGGUGGCUUUUAUACUGAAAUUUAAACUGAAAUACAGUCGAAUGGACAGUAACUGAAUAGAGGCAGCAUGAGCCAACCUAAUAGAAAUAGGGGCUCGAUGACAGAUAGCUAACUAUCAGGGCUUAUGAAUAAUUUUCAGAUGAUUAGCUUUAACGAAGAUUAGCAUGCAAAUAAUCCUCAAACUUUAGAUCAGUCUGAGAGAUUCGAUAAUGAGAUUCGAGUUAAUUAUGUCUCAUAGCCAAAUAAUUUGUUUGACUCACAAAUCAGAAGACAUAUUUAAGGGAACUAGCUUGAAUUCCAGUAGUAAAAAGAUGAUUGGCAAAAUCAGGGCACUCCUUCAAGCAAUAGAGGGUCCUCUGAUAUGAUGGGAAAUUCAAGAAUCGAGUAUGGUCAAUUCAAUAAUAGCAAUUAAAUUGAAUAGAAACAAGGCGGUCCUAACAAUAGAACUGAUAGGACAUUUAAGCCAUAUUGA